ACAUCGUCAACAAUUCAUCGACUAUUUUCUCGAUCAAAAAGAUUAUUAUUAUCGAGUUUCUAAUGAUGAUAAACCUGUUUGGACACUGCCAACUCAAAGUCCACCAUGCAUUUUACUCUUCCAUGAUGAAAGUACUUUCCGUUCGGGUGAGGUGUGUUCAAAACGAUGGUUUUUUGGAAAAGAAGCUCCAUUCCAUUCAAAAGGAAAAGGUCGAUCGAAUAUGGUCAGUGAUUUUAUGGUACAACACCCCUCCGGACCAUUCUUCAGUCUUUCUAAAAGUGAAUAUGAAAAAGCUCUAGUUAAAUAUCCCCAAUUAGCUAAUGAUACUGGCAUUACCUACGUCGAGAGAACUGCUACAGGUUCAAUUAAUGUUGGUCAAGAUAGUUACUUUGAUAAUGCUACUAUACUGGAACAAUUUGAAAGAUUAUUCCAGUUAUUAGAAUUUAAAGAAGAAUAUAAAGAUCAUGUAAUUGAAUGUGUUGUAGAUAAUGCAAGAACGCAUUCGGCAAAGUCACAUAGUUUAUUGGAUUUCGGAAAGUCAAUUGGAACUCGUUGUCCGGUGGAUAGAAUUGAAUAUACAGAUGCACAAGGACAAAAACAAAUCUUAAAUUGUUAUUUUCAAGGUGGACCAAACCAUGGAAUGAGCAAAGGUCUUCUGUAUCUUGCUAAAGAGUUGCAAAUACAAGUGCCAUCGAAAAUUAGACUGGAGGAUUUACGAGUAUUAUUGUCUGAUCAUCCAGCAUUUAAAACGGUUUCUCGAUUAGAACAAUUAGCUGCAAAAUAUGGUGUUACUAUAAAGUUUUGUCCUAAGUUCCACUGCGAACUUAACUGUAUUGAGGGUUUGUGGUGCUCACAGAAGAUGUAUGUUCGUCGAAAAACUGAUCAAACAUAUACUACAAUGCUCAAGUUAAUUGUUGAAUCACGUGAAAACUUUCGAGAUAAAGAAAUUCACUUGAAAUUAUUCCGAAGAUUUUGGAAAUGUUUAUUGGCUUAUAAAGAUGGUCAAUCAUAUGCGAAAGUAAUGAAGAUGUUCUUUGGCACUAAAUGUGAAGGAACAGUUAAAAGUCAUACACGUAUUAGUAACAGUAACUUAAACGUUUAG